GUCACCUUUGAAGUCACGACUGCAGAGGGAAAUUACAAGCAAUCCUGCCUCGAGGUAAAGUCUAGAGAGCCCAGAGGAACAGAUCAACUUCAUAGAGAUCUGUAAUAGUGGUGCAGAGAACUGGGCAUCUAUUAGAAGCAAGUGCAGUAGUAGACCUUGCAGAAAAAGGAUUAAACAGCAACAGGUUGCUCAGGAACAUGGUGGCACCACUUAGCUGAUAGGGUCUCACGUGACUUAGUCCAAACCUUAGAGACUAGAGAGGAACAGCUUGAGAAAAGGCUUUCUACAAGACUUGUAGAAGUCAUAAAGGUGAGGCUUAGUGAUGACCUUGAAGCAUUCCUCGUUACUUUUGAAAACAAGACUUCAACUAUUGAGUAGCCACAUGAUCAAAAGCAGACUGGACUGGCAAUGUGUUGCAGCUGACUCUUAGCUGGGGUUUGAACAGCUUUGGAGCAGUUCUGUCAUUCCACAGGGAAGGAGUGAAACAACUGACAUCCAAUGAAAAGGACCACUUUGAGGAAGGCAAGCAACUAACUGCCUAACAUUUCUCUAAAGCUUAGAAUGGAGUCUAAGAUACUGUAUCAGCUAUUUAUUAGAUUUCUCAGUCUUGCUGGAGUGGAGAAGACAGGAGACUGUUCUCCAACCUGUUAGAGGAGGGUGAAACAAAGGACUUCAGAGGCAACUGGAAGCAGGCAGGUGGUCUGCCUAACUGACUUGGUCUGCCUGAGGUGAUCAGUAUGUUAGAAAAGAUUACGAUGUAUUUAACUGUGUAUACUGUUUUUAUUUGCUUAGGACAGAGGAGGAUACAGAAGUGCAAACUUAGGCUGCAAAAACUCAGAAGCUCUACCACUGAUGAGCUAUUCUUUCAGUUAAUGUCACCAGAUAAGAGGGUGUGGUUGUUGAACCAAUCAGCUAGAUGAAGCUCUUUUCAAAGUUAAUAUAAGUCACUCCAUCUCAUAUCAAAACACAAUAGCAAGCAUGCAAUUUUUUUCUGCUUAUGUACAUGGGAAAAGAUUUUAUUUGCCUUUCUCUAGAACCAGGUAUGGCUAGUUGGUAUUUAGUAGUCUUGGUCUUGUUUCUGUUUUUUCCCUUUUGUGAUACUUCAGGGUAUGUAUAUUUAUGUCUGUAGCUCUCAAAUAAGAACACAUAGUCAUAGUUGAAGUAUUUGAGGGAAAUUUGGAAUAGAAUUUUUUAUUGAUUAAUUUUGCAUUGAAGAAAGAAUAGUGAAGAGAAAUUGAUUUCUUUCAGUAUCCAGCUGCAUAAAGCAAAUUCAAGCAUUUGUUCCUUUCAUUUAUAGGAGUUGUUUCCCAUUUGUUCAUAUACUUGCUUUCAGUGAAAUUUACAUCUUAGAAGCCUAUGAGAUAAAAAGGCAUUAAGCUACACAGGAUUUUCCUGGCUUAACCACUUUGAGCUUCGCAGUCACAUGGAAUGAACUUUUUUGACUUCUUUCUGACAGUUGAGUAAUAUAACUGCCUGCAGGACAUUUGCCCUUAUUGUGGUAAAAUUUGGCCAAACGCAGAGGAAGACAUUGAUGUAUAAUGUCAGACUUACGUGACUUCUAUGGAGCACCAAUAUGGGGAAUGUUAAGACACGAGGAUUGAUUAAAUGCCCACUGAAAAUAACCUGUAUUUCUAUAGCUUUGAAAGAAUGCUGGAUCGAGACUACACUACUGAAUUGAGGCGUCAGUUCAAUAAAGGGAAGAAAGGCAGGUGUCAGAAGUGGAACCACAGUUUCAAUUGUGAUCAUUUUAAAGGUUAAUUGGCAGUGCAUCCGUAGCACUUAAGGAUCUUGUAGGUAACCAAAGCAGAUCAUGCCCUUUCAAACUCAUACCUCUGCUAAAUGAAAGGGGACAAGAAACUGGAGCCACAAUAGAUUUGGUAGUAGGAUAUGAGCCACCAGCUGGACCUGCAAACCCGAAUGACCCAGGAGGGACCAAUACACAAGAAGCAGAUGGAGAAGAUGAUGGAGAUUGUGAAGAUGUCAUGGAUAGUGCUGUUCCUGGUAUCACACCAACAGUUCCAAGUGGCACAAAGGAAGCCCAGCUAGCUAGGCGCAUCACCAAAGGAAAGAAAACACGGAGAAUCCUUUCUAACAAACCACAAGAUUUUCAGAUUCGUGUUAGAGUCAUUGAAGGUCGUCAGUUACCUGGAAAUAACAUAAAACCAGUUGUCAAAGUUCAUGUUUGUGGUCAGACGCACCGAACAAGAAUCAAACGAGGAAACAACCCUUAUUUUGAUGAAAUAUUCUUCUACAACAUCCACAUGACUCCUUUAGAGUUGCUUGACGAAACAAUUAGCAUUCGGGUAUAUGAUUCUUACUCCCUUCGAGCAGACUGUCUAAUGGGUGAAUUUAAGAUUGACAUUGGCUAUGUCUACGAUGAGCCUGGCCAUGCAGUCAUGAGAAAAUGGCUUUUACUGAGUGAUCCUGAGGAUACAAGUUCAGGAGCUAAAGGCUAUAUGAAAGUCAGCAUGUUUGUCCUGGGAACUGGAGAUGAGCCACCAGUUGAAAAAAGGGAAAGAGAUAAUGAAAGCGAUGAUGUGGAGAGCAAUCUGUUAUUACCAGCUGGAAUUGCACUUCGAUGGGUCACUUUCCUCCUCAAAAUCUACAGAGCUGAGGACAUUCCACAGAUGGAUGAUGCUUUUGCACAGACUGUCAAGGAAAUAUUUGGAGGAGAAGCAGACAAGAAAAACCUGGUGGAUCCCUUUGUGGAAGUUUCUUUUGCUGGAAAAAAGGUUUGCACAAACAUAAUUGAGAAAAAUGCUAAUCCAGAGUGGAACCAAAUUAUUUAUCUUCAAGUCAAGUUUCCCUCAAUGUGUGAGAAAAUAAAGCUUGCGGUUGUUGACUGGGAUCGUCUUACCAAAAAUGAUGUAGUAGGAACAACAUAUUUAAGCCUCUCAAAAAUUGCUUCUUCUGGAGGGGAGGUUGGAGAAUUUUCAUCUUCCGGAACUGAUUCUUCAUCAUAUGAAGUCAACACUGGAGAAACAGAAGUUGGCUUUUUACCAACAUUUGGGCCCUGUUACUUAAAUUUCUAUGGAAGUCCAAGAGAAUACACAGGAUUCCCGGAUCCAUAUGAUGAAUUAAACUUUGGAAAGGGAGAAGGAGUUGCUUAUAGAGGAAGAAUUCUGGUUGAACUAUCUACAAUGCUUGAAAGCAAACCUGUUAAUAAAAAGUUAGAUAUGAUUCCUAAUGAUGACAUACUUGUUGUUGAGAAAUACCAGCGCAGACGAAAGUUUUGCCUGGCUGCUGUGUUUCAUUCUGCUACCAUGCUGCAAGACACUGGUGAGCCUAUCCAGUUUGAAGUUAGCAUUGGUAACUAUGGCAACAAGUUUGAUACCACCUGUAAACCUUUGGCAUCGACAACUCAGUACAGUCGUGCUGUUUUUGAUGGUAAUUAUUAUUACUAUCUGCCAUGGGCAAACACAAAGCCAGUGGUAACACUGACUUCUUUUUGGGAGGACAUAAGUCAUAGAUUAGACCCUGUGAAUGUAAUCCUGAACAUGGUUGAAAGACUGCAAUCCAACUUAACCAACUUAAAAUCAGGAAUGCAGGCUAAAAUUUCUGAAAACAGAUUAGCUGAGAUGUGGCUGAAGCUGAUUGACGAACUUACAGAUGAUGUAAGUAAACCAUUUCCCCUCAUAGAAGGCAAAUCUAAUAUUACAGUCCUUGACACUCAAAUAGAAAAGCUGCGCCUAAGGUCUCUCAAACAGAUUGGAGAAGCAGCAAGAAGGAUGAGGAAUGAAGCUACCGAUGUGAAAACCACUUUGACAGAAAUUGAGGAUUGGUUGGAUAAAUUAAUGCAACUGAGUGAAGAGCCACAAAACAGUAUGCCUGAUGUAAUCAUAUGGAUGAUCCGAGGGGAGAAAAGACUGGCUUAUGCUCGUGUUCCUGCACACCAAGUGCUGUAUUCCACCACAAGCCCCGAAUCAUCUGGUAAAUACUGUGGAAAGACACAAACAAUCUUCUUAAAGUACCCACAGGACAAGACGAAAGACGUCAAAAUGCCUGUGGAGUUGCGAGUUAACAUUUGGCUUGGGCUCAGUGCAGUUGAAAAGAAGUUCAAUAGCUUUGCCGAGGGAACGUUCAGUGUUUUUGCAGAAAUGUAUGAAAAUCAGGCUCUUCUUUUUGGAAAGUGGGGUACCUCAGGACUUGUUGGUCGCCACAAGUUUUCUGAUGUCACAGGAAAAAUCAAACUGAAGAGAGAGUAUUUUCUACCCCCAAAAGGCUGGGAGUGGGAAGGAGAAUGGAUGGUUGAUCCUGAAAGAAGUUUGUUGACUGAAGCUGAUGCUGGUCAUACCGAGUUUACUGAUGAAGUGUAUGAGAAUGAGAGCCGUUAUCCUGGAGGAGAAUGGAAAGCUGCUGAAGACAGUUUCACGGAUGUGAAUGGAGAAAAAGCUCCACCACCACGUGAGUUCACGUGUCCUGCUGGAUGGAUGUGGGAAGAUGAUGCUUGGAAAUCAGACUUAAAUCGAGCAGUGGAUGAGCAUGGAUGGGAAUAUGGAAUUACUAUUCCUCCAGACACUAAACCAAAGUCAUGGGUUGCUGCAGAGAAAAUGUAUCAUACACACCGACGACGAAGACUGGUGCGAAAGCGUAGGAGGGAUUCAGCUCAGGCAGUAACAACAGGAAGGGGAAUGUCAUCAUAUGAAGAUCAAGAAGGAUGGGAAUAUGCUUCCUUGAUUGGUUGGAAAUUUCACUGGAAACAACGCAGUUCUGACACUUUCCGUCGAAGACGAUGGAGACGAAAAAUGGCUCCCUCAGAGACACAUGGGGCUGCAGCUAUCUUCAAACUUGAAGGUGCUUUGGGAGCAGACACUAGUACCGAUGAUGGAGAAGGGAAGGGUUCAGACAAAACCAAGGAGUCAGCUACAACGGUGUUUGGUGCCAAUACACCACUUGUUUCCUGCUACUUUGACAGGGUGUAUACUUACCACCUUCGCUGUUAUGUAUACCAGGCAAGAAACCUCAUGGCUUUAGACAAAGACAGCUUUUCAGAUCCGUAUGCACAUGUUUCUUUCCUCCAUCAAAGCAAAACAACUGAGAUCAUUCAUUCAACUCUAAAUCCUACAUGGGAUCAAACUCUCAUAUUUAAUGAAAUUGAGAUCUAUGGGGACCCACAGACAGUUGCCCAAAAUCCACCUAAUGUUGUUAUCGAACUGUUCGACAGUGACCAAGUGGGUAAAGAUGAAUUCCUUGGAAGAAGUGUUUGUUCCCCCAUAGUGAAGUUAAUUCCGGAAGAAGACAUCACACCAAAACUGCUCUGGUAUCCAGUAACAAAUAAAGGCAAAAGCAGUGGAGACAUUCUUUUUGCCGCAGAACUUAUUUUAAGGGACAAGAGUGGUUCCAAUCUUCCAAUUCUUCCUUCUCAAAGAGCACCAAAUCUUUUCAUGGUGCCUCAAGGUAUCCGACCAGUUGUUCAACUUACUGCUAUAGAGAUCCUUGCCUGGGGGUUACGGAAUAUGAAGAACUACCAAAUGGCUCCUGUUACGUCACCAAGUCUCAUAGUGGAAUGCGGGGGUGAAAUGGUGGAAUCUGUGGUCAUCCGAAACCUUAAGAAGACACCCAAUUUUCCAUCUUCUGUUCUGUUUAUGAAAGUGCUUUUGCCAAAAGAGGAGUUGUACACUCCCUCUCUUGUUAUUAAAGUGAUAGACCAUAGACCAUUUGGACGAAAGCCCAUUGUGGGACAGUGUACUAUUGAUUUACUGGAAAGCUUUCGCUGUGACCCAUACACUACUGAAGAAGACAUUGCUCCACAACUGAAAGUUAGUCUACUCUCUGCUGCACCUCGCCAGGAUACGGUAAUAGAAAUGGAGGACACGCAACCACUGCUAGCAGCUCAGUGUUUAAGCAGUAUGUCAACAGCACUCAGCAAAAUGGCUUCCCCAACCACAGUGCAUCUUACAGAAAAGGAGGAAGAAAUUGUUGAUUGGUGGAGCAAAUUUUAUGCUUCAAUAGGAGAACAUGACAAAUGUGGACAGUAUAUUACAAAAGGAUAUGAUACACUGAAGGUGUAUGACUGUGAAUUGGAAAAGGUACCUGAAUUUAAUAACCUAACAGAUUUCUGUGAUACGUUUAAGCUGUACAGAGGCAAAUCUGAGGACAGUGAUGAUCCCUCAGUUGUUGGGGAAUUUAAGGGAUCCUUUAGAAUCUAUGCAUUACCUGAUGAUCCCACUACUCCAGCUCCUCCCCGCCAGUUCCGUGAGCUACCAGACAGUGGGCCUCAGGAGUGUAUUGUGCGAAUUUAUAUCGUUAGAGCUUUGCAGCUUCAACCCCAGGAUAACAAUGGGCUGUGUGAUCCUUAUAUAAAAAUAUCCCUAAGCAAAAAAGUAAUUGAAGACAGAGAUAAUUACGUGCCUAAUACUCUCAACCCCAUUUUUGGCAGAAUGUAUGAACUCAGCUGCUUCUUACCUCAAGAAAAAGAUCUGAAAAUUUCGGUCUAUGACUACGACACAUUGACUCGUGAUGAAAAAGUAGGUGAAACCAUAAUUGAUCUUGAGAACAGAUUUCUGUCCCGUUAUGGAUCUCACUGUGGCAUCCCACAGCAGUACUGCACUUCAGGUGUGAAUACCUGGCGUGAUCAGCUGAAACCAACCCAGUUAUUGCAAAACAUAGCCAGGUUUAAAGGCUAUGCUCCUCCUGUCUUCUCUGAAAAUGGUAGAAGGAUUACCUACGGGGGACGAGAUUAUACUUUGGAGGAAGUUGAAGCCAAUAAAGUACUACAUCAGCACCUUGGUCCAGGUGAAGAGCGGCUUGCCCUUCAUAUCCUCAGAACCCAGGGUUUGGUACCCGAGCAUGUGGAGACGAGGACCUUAUAUAGCACCUUCCAGCCCAACAUCCCUCAGGGAAAGCUCCAGAUGUGGGUUGAUGUUUUCCCCAAAAGCUUAGGACCUCCAGGCCCUCCCUUCAACAUCACUCCACGAAAAGCCAAGAAGUAUGUCUUACGAGUGAUUGUCUGGAACACCAAAGAUGUCCUUCUGGAUGAAAAAAGCAUCACAGGGGAAGAAAUGAGUGACAUUUAUGUGAAGGGAUGGAUGCCCGGUAAUGAGGAAAAUAAGCAGAAAACAGAUGUUCAUUACCGAUCACUGGAUGGUGAAGGAAAUUUUAACUGGAGAUUUGUUUUCCCUUUUGACUAUCUCCCAGCAGAGCAACUCUGCAUAGUUUCCAAAAAGGAACAUUUUUGGAGUCUUGACAAGACAGAAUUCAGAAUCCCACCCAAACUGAUCAUCCAGAUAUGGGAUAAUGACAAAUUCUCCCUGGACGACUAUCUUGGUUUUGUGGAACUUGAUUUACAUAAAACAAUAAUUCCAGCAAAAGUUCCAGAGAAGUGCAAUAUAGACAUGAUUCCAGAAUACAAAGCAGACGUUUCUCAGAAGGUUCCCAUGACUGCCUCUCUCUUUGAGCAGAAAUCCAUGAAGGGGUGGUGGCCAUGCUGUGUUGAAAAGGAUGGCUCUCGCAUUUUAGCGGGUAAAGUUGAAAUGACAUUGGAAGUUGUCAAUGAAAAGGAAGCUGAGGAGAGGCCAGCUGGUAAAGGAAGAGAUGAACCCAACAUGAACCCCAAACUAGAUCUACCAAAUCGACCUGAUACUUCCUUCCUAUGGUUUACAAACCCCUGCAAGACAAUGAAAUUUAUUGUGUGGCGCAGGUUUAAAUGGCUCUUCAUAGGCCUUAUCAUCCUGCUGAUUAUACUCUUGUUUGUAGCAGUACUCCUCUAUUCAUUGCCGAACUACUUAUCAAUGAAGAUGGUGAAACCAAUUUAAAGAAGAGGUUUUUUUCCACCUCGUCUUUUUAAAUUAGCAGUGAGAUUUUGCCUCAGGCUGUGGACCAAAUUGAGCAAGACUUUCCAUGCAUUUUGUUGGCUACUAUUUUGAACUGGAAAAUAGAUUAUAAUUAAGAAUUUAACCAAGGUUAUUCAAGACUCAAAGGGUCAUGUCUGGUAUUUUAGAAAGCAAACAAACAGAAGACCCACGUGUAUGUCUUGAAUACAGUAAUAUCUAGCCCUGGUAAGGUUCUGACUUCCUUUGCUUUUAUACCAACUAGAUUUUUCAUGAAAAUCACUCAGGAAACUGCCAGUUCUUACUAUUUCUAUUUUUUAACAGAUGCAUCUUUUGAUAAUUCCCUCUCCACGGGUGCACUUUGCCUUUUAAAAAAAAUGAAAAACAAGCACCACUUACUACCUGUACCAAAGAAAUCUUACAGUGUAAUUAAAGAUAGGUCAGAUGAUUUUAUAAAAUGAUUCAACAUCAUUCUGCUUAAAAUAUAAUGUCAAAUCUACAUUGCAAUAACUAUGUAUGUAUCUGAACUGCAUGCAUGUGGAAACAACUACAUUAAUAUACUGUUCACUUAUUGUAACUUAAAAAUGGUUAAAUAAACUUAUCCACAAGUAAAA